GGAACUUCAAAUUGGUUUGAGAUCCAGCCCGUACUGACAAGGCAAAAUGAUUGGUGGGGAAUAUUUAUGCCCAUGUAACACCCUUUAGAAGCUCUUAAAAUUGUCUCAUUUAUAUAGAAGUGAUAGUUAAAUUAGAGUAAUCACAUAAAUCAUAAUAAUCACUCUUGUUUAUUUACAAUAAUUUUUAUUGGUAAAUAAGUAAAAACAACCAUUUUAUUUAUUUUAUAUUAUUAAAUUUAAAUGAUAUUGACAUAAUUAUAUAGUAUAUUUAAUAUGGAUAUUUAUUAAUUAAUUUUAUGCACAUAUAAUUUUAUUAACAUCUGUAUAUAUAGUUUAUAAAAAGAUGUUAACAGAUGAGAUGAGGAGAAACGAAGUCUACAAAACAACACCACUCACACCACUACAAACUUAUAAUAAUAAAACAAUUCCUAGGUCAUUAAUCUUUUGAAAUCUCACUUGUUUGUUCUAAAGUUUAGCAGAAUAAUUUCCUAUUUAAGAAAGAAGUUCAGAUGCUUACAGAUUUUCUCUAACUAAUGACUUUUGUUUAACGCUAGGAAUAUAUGCAUAUCGAUUCAAUCAUUAAGUUUCGAUUUACUUUGAAAACCAAAAAGACAAAGAUCACGAUCAAUCUUUACUUCUGUAAAUAAAAGUAAAUUGUUGGCCCAAAAGACCUAAUCCAAGAAUUGUCUCGUGGAUUAGUAAAAAAAGCUUGAAAUACUUAAGUCAAUAACUCAAAAGUCGUACCUGCUUAAUUUGUCUUACUCAUUUAGAUGUGUCGGCACUAUAUCAUGAUCAACUAGAGGAUAUUUACGUUUUUUAAUCGUGAAAUAGAAAGGAUCAGUUCAAAUUUUCUCUGCAAUGAAAAUCAGUAUUCGUUUACAUCUUAAUAUCAUCCAUUGAACGAAUCUAAUUUUAGACGUAUCAUGUAUGAGCUUGCUUACGAGUUUAUAUUUAACUGAUUAUAUAAUUUACACUGACAUCACUUGACUCCGUCAAGAUAUUUGUACUCGUCGAGAAGACUGAUUCUUCAAUAGCGUGUUGAAAACGGUCUUUUAGUUAAAUUUUGUUUGUGGUUUUCUCUCACUUUUUCUUGCAACCACUUGUUUUUUUUUUGUAAACUGGAAUAUACAAAGAAUGAAACGUUCUUUGAAUUUUUAUUGUCAUUACUCUUUGCGUCUCAGGUCAAGUCAGCCAUUUGCUUUUUCAUCUAGAAGAUUAUGAUGGUUCAAACAUAAUUCAUAAUUACAUAGUGAAACAGUUUUGACUUAAAAACACAAUCCAAAAUAUCGAUAAGCAGCUAAGAAAGAAAUAAGCAAAUUCAUUCACCUAGUUCUCUGGAAGGUGAAUUCCUAUAUGGAUUAUGUAUGCUUUUUGGUCAACGAAUUUUGUUUAUUGAAUCAAACCAAAUAGAUUAGCGGAGGAUAUAUAUGAUGGACUAUAACAUAACCAUUAUUAAAAAGUACCUGCUACCACACAUUGAUGCUGAAAUAACAUACAUGCGGGAAUAACAAUGCCAUUUGUUGUCUCUUUUCUUUUCUUCAUUAUAUCUUUCUUUAUGUAAUAUAUUUUCUUCACUUUCUUCCUAAAAAUACUUAUAACAUAUUAGUAUACCAUUACUUUGAUAAAGUUUUCCUUGUUUGAAAUAAUCUUAAAGUACCCAUAAAACCCUAUUCAUUUUUACAUUUAUUUGAGUUUUAGGAGACCGAUUCUUCUGAUACCUUUUUCCUCAUCUGCACACUAUAAGUAUACGUACAAACAGAAAUCCACUUGUCAUCAUUCUUUGUUAAGUUUCCUGAUAUAUAUAUACAUAUUGAUAGCACUACGAAAGAUAGGUGGUACCUUGACAACAACAAACCCCAUUGAGUAAGAACAGAAAAUAUAUUUAUUUUUUUAAAAGAUGGGAAGAGCACCGUGCUGUGAUAAGACGGUGGUGAAGAAAGGGCCAUGGUCACCGGAGGAAGACGCCAUGCUUAAAUCCUACAUUGAAAAACAUGGCACCGGCAACAAUUGGAUUGCCCUCCCUCACAAAAUCGGGAUCAAGAGAUGUGGGAAGAGUUGUCGUUUGAGAUGGCUUAAUUACUUGAGGCCUAACAUAAAGCAUGGAAGCUUCACUGAUGAAGAAGAUUACAUCAUUUGCAGCCUAUACAUUACAAUUGGAAGCAGGUGGUCUAUCAUUGCUUCACAAUUACCAGGAAGAACAGACAAUGAUAUCAAAAACUAUUGGAACACAAGGCUUAAAAAGAAGCUAUUAAGCAAGCAAGGGAAGGCAAUUCAUCAACAACUUAGUCUCAGACUCGAGCCGGAAACAACAUCGAAAAGAUCAUCAUUUAGUCAAAACCAGAUCCUAAUGUUUCAUGAUGAGAACGCGAAACCGCCGUUGCACCAAACCUUACACAACCAAAUGGUGGAUCCAUCAAUAACAUCCUUCGCCAUGGAAGAAAAAAGAAUGGUUCCGGUAUUGGAAUCAUUUUCUUGGGAACAAAACAAGGUUUGGCUUGAUAUUGAUCAUGAUGCAGCUUCGUCUUCUUAUCAUCAUCACGCAUCCCCACACUUGAACUCCAUGACCACUAGUAGUAGUAGCAUUUGUACUAAUUCACCUCUACAAAUGUCUCACUACACAAUAAAUGACAAUGAUCAUGGUGAUCAAGAGAUGUUCUUCAUGGCCGGGUUGGAGAAUCUUCAAGACGAGCUAUUCGAUGAGAUAAUCAAUAACAACACGACAGAAUUCGAGUUUCGUGGAACGGAGACGCUAAACAAUAACUGCUUGGGUCAUGAAAUCAACUCCUUCAUUGAUUGUCCUCUAAAAGAUAAUUAGUAGAUGAUCGAUUAAUCAUUAAUUAGAUACUGAAUAUUAUAUAUCUUAUUUGUUUUUUUUUUUUUUUUUUUUUGAAAAAAAUAUCUUAUUUGUUUACGUGUUAUCUUUUAAGAUGUUGAAGGUAUGGAACAAUAAAACCCUAGUGUGUGUAACACAUUUUUUGUUUGCCUUUUUGCAGUUUGAAUAAAUGAAAUGGUUUUAUUCUA